UAUUCUCUCUCUCGGGUGUAUACUAUAUGCUACGCUCAAAGGAACAUAUUGUAUUCUUCUUCCUCGAUCGAUUUCCAUAUUCCAAAUCCCAAAUCCCAAAUCCCAGUAAUACCUUUUUUGAUAUCUUCUUCUCCUCAUCCACCUCGUCCUCGGCGGGCGGGGGAAAAAGCAAAGUUGGAUCUAUUUGAUUCGAUGGGAAUUGGGACAUGGUCGAGUUUUCUCAUCGGCUUCCUCUUGCCUUCGCUACUUCUCGCAGCUGCACUUAUUAACUGGAGUGUCAUCUCAUUCUUUGAUUUGAUAGCUUUUCUCCUCCUUCACUAUAUUGCCCCUGAAAUUGGAUACCGUUUUCAGAGGAGACAUUGGCUAUUAUGGCCCAUUUUCAUCUUUUCUUUUGCAGUACUUGUUGCCCAAGCUCUGUACCUUGUCAUUUGGGCUACUCUUGCUCCAGACUGGGAUACAUCAGAUUCUUCUUGGAUGACUGUUAUUGGCUUUAUCAUAUUAAAGUCCUGGAGAAACCCCACUGUUUUGUAUUUCUUGGCUUUACAACUACUAGCAUCGCUCGUUGCUUUAGCUGACAUUUACAGUUCUCGAUUCGUUCGAUGGCGUUGGUCUCACUUUUCACAAGUUUUCCAACAGCUAGGAAGUCAUCUUAGGGUUGCCUCCUGCUUGUUGUUACCAGCAGUUCAAUUGGCUGUGGGGAUUUGCAAUCCCUCAUGGGUUUCUUUGCCAUUUUUUGUUGGCAGCUGUGCUGGACUCGUGGACUGGUCCUUGACAAGCAACGUUUCUGGACUUUUCAGGUGGUGGCGAGUUCUUUAUAUCUACGCAGGAUUCAACAUUGUCCUACUUUACCUCUAUCAACUACCAAUAAACUUUUCCGAUAUGAUUCGAUGGAUAGCAAACUUUAUAGGUCUAUUCACAAUCUCUGCGGAAACACAAGGCACUGAUAUUUGUUCUGGUCUUUUCCUUUUGCUUUUUUACAUCAUGCUAUCCUAUAUAAGGUCAGACCUCGAAGAUAUGGAUUUUAUCAUGUCGAUGAGUGAAAAUAACUUGGCAGAGCGUCUUCUUCCUCCAAAAUAUUCGUUUUUUAUUCGAGAAUCAAGGGCCGGUGUUAGGCACACCAAUGUUUUACUGAGGGGAGCUGUGUUUAAGAGCUUCAGUAUCAAUUUCUUCACAUAUGGUUUCCUGGUCUCUCUCUUUGCUCUUUCGUUCUGGAGUUUUCAUUUUGCGAGCUUGUGUGCUUUUGGCCUCCUUGCAUAUGUUGGUUACAUUAUCUAUGCCUUCCCAUCGUUAUUCCGCUUGCACAGAUUAAAUGGCCUUCUGCUUGUAUUUAUACUCUUAUGGGCUGUCAGUACGUACAUAUUCAAUGUAGCAUUUUCUUUUCUGAACACUACGGCUAGAAAGGACAUGAAAAUUUGGGAGAUGGUGGGACUUUGGCAUUACACUAUACCUGGAUUGUUUUUGCUUGCACAAUUUGGUUUGGGAAUGUUGGUUGCGUUGGGUAAUCUUGUGAACAACUCUGUUUUUCUCUACCUGUCUGAAGAGAGCUCCAGAUCUUCCAAUGACAGAUCUUAUACUGAAGCUGAUGAAGAAACAAGGGUGUUGGUUGUCGCAACCAUUGCUUGGGGAUUGCGGAAAUGUUCACGGGCUAUUAUGCUCGCACUGAUUUUCCUCAUUGCCAUGAAACCUGGGUUUGUCCAUGCAGUGUAUGUGAUAUUCUUCCUUAUGUAUCUGUUGAGCCACAAAAUCAACAGAAAGAUACGCAAGUCAUUGAUCCUUCUAUGCGAAAUUCAUUUUGCACUUCUUUACAUUCUUGAAAUCGACCUUGUGUCGAACUCCUUAAAGCGGCAAGGCUCGGUGAGCAGAGAAAUUCUGUUUCAGUUAGGUCUCCUUAGGUCUGAAAGCUCUUGGGACUUCUUGGAGAUAGCCUUGCUUGCUUGCUUCUGUGCUAUCCAUAAUCAUGGUUUUGAGGUGUUAUAUUCCUUCUCAGCAAUUGUACGACAUACACCAAGCCCUCCAAUUGGAUUUAGCAUAUUGAAAGCCGGUCUCAACAAAUCAGUUCUCUUGUCCGUCUACUCAUCGCCAUCUUCAAGUUAUAGCCAGGAUAAUACUACUUAUGAGAGACACAUUGCUUCAUUUCUGAGUGCGAUUGGGCAAAAGUUUCUGUCUAUGUACCGAUCAUGUGGAACAUACAUUGCCUUCAUCACUAUUCUCAUAAGUGUAUACCUGGUGAAACCCAAUUAUGUAUCGUUUGGAUACAUUUUCCUUCUCUUGUUCUGGAUUACUGGAAGACAAAUGUUUGAGGAAACUAAGAGACGCUUGUGGUUCCCUUUGAAAGCAUAUGCGGUUUUGGUGUUUAUGUUUAUCUACUGCUUAAGUAGCUUUGUCAGCUUCCAGCUCUGGUUAUCUGGAUUUAUUGAUCUGUACUUUUAUUUAGGCUACAACUCCGAAGCUCCAUUGCUGGAUAAUGUAUGGGAAUCUCUUGCUGUGUUGAUCGUGAUGCAACUUUACAGCUAUGAAAGGAGGCAGAAUGGACAUUACAUUCCAGGUCAAUCUAGUUUGGUUCAUCCUGGAGUUUUUGGUUUUCUUGAGAGGUUUUUGGUAUGGCAUGGUCAGAAGAUCUUGUUCGCGGCAUUGUUUUAUGCAUCCUUGUCUCCAAUCAGUGUGUUUGGAUUUGUAUAUCUCCUUGGUCUUGUCAUCUGCACAGCCUUCCCAAAGUCUUCGUCAGUACCAUCCAAAUCAUUUUUGAUCUAUACUGGAUUUCUCGUGUCUGCUGAGUAUCUAUUCCAACUGUGGGGCAUGCAAGCUCAGAUGUUCCCUGGGCAAAAAUAUGCCGAGUUGUCUUUCUACUUGGGCCUUCGAGUAUAUGAACCUGGAUUUUGGGGUAUAGAAUCAGGUCUACGAGGCAAAGUGCUGGUUGUUGCUGCCUGUACUCUGCAGUACAAUGUAUUUCGUUGGCUAGAAAGGACACCUGGUUUAACUAUUAUCAAAGGUAAAUAUGAAGAGCCUUGUCCCCUAUUUGUCUCUGCAGAAGACACAACUGCAAGUGCUUCCAGUUCUAAUGGUGAAAACCCAUCUUCCAUAGAUCAUGCUUCUAUAUCAAUGAAACAAGGCGAGGCUACUAGUAACUCAUGGUCUUUCUUCUCUCCCCGUGAUAAUCAGGCAGCUGGUUUCUUGCAUCCCACGACUGGAGGCUCCAAAAGUGGCAGUAGUAAGAAAUUUUCAUUUGGUCAUUUCUGGGGAAGCAUCAAGGAGAGUCACAAGUGGAACAGGAGGCGGAUUCUGGCAUUGAAGAAGGAGAGGUUUGAAACGCAGAAGAAUCUGUUAAAUAUUUACUUGAAGUUUUGGAUUGAGAACAUGUUUAACCUCUAUGGCCUUGAGAUAAACAUGAUAGCGCUGCUUCUUGCAAGUUUUGCUUUGCUGAAUGCCAUCUCCUUGGUAUAUAUUGCGCUGCUUGCUGCAUGUGUCCUCUUGAGAAGACGCCUAAUUCAGAAACUAUGGCCUGUCGUUGUUUUUCUGUUUGCAUCAAUUCUCGCAAUUGAAUACGUUGCCACGUGGAAUAACUUAUUGCCUUUAGAUCAGGAUUCAAGUGAAACUAGCGUGCAUUGCCAUGACUGCUGGAGUAUUGCAGCUGUCUACUUUAAAUUUUGCCGGGACUGCUGGCUUGGAGUGAGAGUUGACGAUCCCCGGACCCUUAUUAGCUAUUUCGUGGUGUUCAUGCUUGCCUGUUUUAAACUUCGGGCUGAUCAGAUAUCUAGUUUCUCAGAGUCAUCGACAUAUCAUCAGAUGAAGUCUCAAAGAAAGAACUCAUUUGUCUGGAGAGAUCUCUCCUUCGAAACAAAGAGCAUGUGGACCGUGCUUGAUUACCUGAGGCUUUAUUGUUACGUCCAUCUGUUGGAUGUUGUGCUUAUUCUGAUUCUAAUCACAGGAACUCUCGAGUACGACAUUCUACACCUGGGCUAUCUUGCAUUCGCACUUGUUUUUGCCCGGAUGCGACUUGAAAUACUGAAGAAGAAGAACAAAAUAUUCAGGUUCUUGCGGGUGUACAAUUUUGUUCUCAUCAUUCUUUCCCUCGCAUAUCAGUCUCCGUUUGUUGGAAACUUCAAUGAUGGAAAGUGUGAAACUGUUGAUUAUAUUUACGAGGUUAUUGGAUUUUACAAGUAUGAUUAUGGGUUUCGAAUCACUGCAAGAUCUGCUCUCGUUGAAAUCAUCAUAUUUAUGUUAGUAUCUCUUCAGUCCUACAUGUUUUCCUCCCAGGAGUUUGAUUAUGUGUCGCGGUAUCUUGAAGCGGAGCAAAUUGGUGCUAUUGUGCGGGAGCAAGAGAAGAAAGCAGCACGGAAGACCGAACAAUUGCAACAGAUUCGUGAGGCUGAAGAAAAGAAACGGCAGCGGAAUUUGCAGGUGGAAAAGAUGAAGUCGGAAAUGUUGAACCUGCGGGUACAGCUUCACAGAAUGAAUUCUGAUUCUAAUUUUGGGUUUGCUUCUCCGCGCACUGAAGGUCUACGAAGGAGGAGGAGUCCGUAUCUAAUUCCAGAUAGUGGUGCAGCCAGUCCGGAGAUUGAUGGAGUGGUCCACAGGAAAGAAGACCAGCCUAUUGACGAGGAUCCACAAUAUCCUUUUGAAGCUCAUGAGCUUCCUAUGAGUGCCACUCCAGAAGCACCAGAUUCUCCAGAGUGUUCAUUUGGAGUAUCUCCCUGUGAAAUCACUGAAAUUCAACAGAAUAUUGAUGUCAUGUCUAUGGAGCGUGAAAUAAAAAAAAAGUCCGAAGGAAAAGAUAAUCCGUUGAUCUCUGCUGUGCAACUCAUCGGUGAUGGUGUUUCCCAGGUGCAAUUUAUUGGAAAUCAGGCAGUAAAUAACCUUGCGAAUUUCUUAAACAUCUCACCGGAAAAUUCAGAUAUAAAUGAGCAGUCCUCUGUUGAUGAUGAGGUGUAUGAUGAGAUGGAAAGCCAGAAGAGAAUACACAAACCUUUUGAACGGUCAACAUCUCUGCAGUCUGACAUGAGUAGUGAUGGCACUAGCUUUCAGAUAGGAAGGAUCCUUCGUCAUAUAUGGUCUAGGAUGCAGUCCAACAAUGAUAUUGUUUGCUAUUGCUGCUUUAUUAUUGCGUUUCUGUGGAACUUCAGUCUUCUUUCCAUGGUCUAUCUAGCAGCGCUUUUCCUAUAUGCCCUCUGCGUUCACACUGGACCAACUAACAUCUUCUGGGUCGUCAUGCUAAUUUACACAGAAAUCUAUAUCCUCCUCCAGUAUUUAUACCAGAUUAUAAUCCAGCACUGUGGGUUGAGUGUUGAUGCACCUCUUCUUAAUGAACUGGGAUUUCCAACACAAAGAAUCAAAUCAUCAUUUGUUGUCAGCUCGUUGCCU